AUGAGAGCUUUUAUGAAUCAGAAGAGUGCCAACUCAAACAAUGACAACAAGGGAUCUUCAUCCAUACCUACAACAACUGUUUUUUCCAAUGAUUCCAAUCUUCUACAAUCCAUUUACUUUUCUCAUAUGCAACAAAAUUUAUUAUUGCUGGAAGAGGAUGAAACACCGAUGAGUGCUUACUCUCAUUUACCAUCAUCAAGUAGUAAUAAUAAUAAUAACACCAACAAUAAUAAUAAUGGUAGUAACAAUAAUACAGAUCCUUCACCUCCUCUGGAUGGAUCCAAUAAUUUAAAUCAACAACAGCAACAAUAUAAUUUUGUGGAUUUGGAUGGCUUUGGCUCGGUGGGACCACUCUCCCAAUUCGACAUUCCUCUCUCCAUCAAUAUUACAGGAUAUCAAUUAACACACAAGGAAGAGAAAAAACAAAGAGAACGAGAAUUGAAACGAGAAGCUGCCCGAUUGAAAAAACAAAUGGAAAGCAGGAAGACUGCUGUACUUCGGGACGAAUCUGAUGAGAUGGAAAAACGUAUGAAGUAUGAUGGAUUAUCAUUCUUCAGAAAUGGAUUCAUGAUAUUCACAAACAGCAGUGAAACUGAGCUGGAUGAGGGAUCGGACCGAGGUCGACCAAGCUUUGCAUCACAAGACGGUUCAAGUUUAUUUGAUGAAGGAGCAGGAAUAACUACUGACAUCAUGUAUGGUGAAUAUCAACAGCAAGAGGAUGAAGCUGCCCAUGACGAGGUUGAUUUAUUGGAGCAACAAUUAAUUUAUUUCUAUCCCAAUACUGUGGAAAAACGUUCACAGUUGAAUAUUGUGGGAUUUAUUCAAUCAUUUUUAAUUUUCUCAGAUUCGUUUGCUCCUCUCAUACCUGACACAUUCUGUUCGGAAAGUUUUCAUGAUUUUGACUUGAUCACAAAUGGCUCUCCUUCUCCAAAUAGCAGUAGCAGCAAUUACGAGCAUACAGAAUCUCUUUUGAGCGCCUCAUUGAAAGCUGAGGCAACUCAUUCACACAACAACAAUGCCUAUAUGAACUCAAAGGAGUGCAAUCAUCCUGUUAAUUUGAUACAAUUCAACCAUUCCAAAAUGGCAAUUGUAAGAUAUUAUAAUGUGAUUUAUUGCCUAUGUGCGCCCAUCAGUACUCCCAAUAGCAUACUUCACGAAAAUUUGAUGCACAUUCUCAACUCGUUUGCAUUUAUUUAUGGCUCCUACAAUAUUAAGGAAAUUCUAUCAAAGAAGAGUUAUAUCAAUGAGCGACAAGUUGAUAUUGACAAGGUAUCGACUGAUUUCUACGUAUCAUCUUUAGAUUGCAAAUAUGAGAGCACGAUUGAUGUCUUUGAGGAUAUUGCUGAGGGACCUUUUCCUGCUCGAUCCAUGUUUCAUGACAACAAUUUGAAAAUUCCUUGGAUAGCGUCUCCAUAUAGUCCCAUUGUUUCAAACAGCUACAAACGAAAGAAGAGCACUAACAGGUGGAACGCUGAGCAGCAACGAGUUUUGGAUGAUUUUUGCCUCCUCAUCAAAAUGUACACUGUGAGUCAACCUUUACAAUCGCCAGUCGAUGAGUCUCUUCCCAUUAAAGCCAUGACACAACGAAUUUUUCCAUUCGCCAUUCCAUACACGGAAAUACCUGAGAAAAAUAUUUUCAUUAAGGCCAUGGGGAUUUUGAAUCAACUUCAAGAUGCAUACGGUAGCAAUCGAGUUCACAUAUCACCAAGUUAUAGUUUCAGUUCUGUUGGUGUUUCACUUUCGGGUAUGGUUCAAAAGCAAUUGGAAAAUAUCAGUCAUAGAGAUGACCAUACCGAUCAAGAGAACAAUAAGCCUCGCAAGGGUUCCCUCAUUGGAUCAGCUCUCUUUUUUAUUAACGAGAGUGUCAUUGCUGUCAAUAAUUUGGACGAGCAUGUGUUGCAGUAUAUUUUAUUCCGUCUACGAUGCAUUGAAAAGAAUUUUUGCGAAUACAAGGAUAAUUUUGACGAGAGUUUUAAUGCUGAGAUUGUCUCGAGCCCAACCACUAAAGUAUUUUCUCCAUCGCCUUACUCCACAAAUGCGUCACGACAGGAUCCUUCGAGCGUGACUCCUAUACCAUUGAGGCAUUUUAAGAACACUCCGAGCACUCCAGUCACGAACAGUCAGAGUCCAAUGGCUAAACCAAUUCGAUCUAAUAGCUUUUCUAAUAAUAGUCUCAAUAAUACUCCAGGUGGUAAUAUAACUCCAAGAGGCACCCCAAGUGGAGUUAGUCCACUCGUAAGAAGUGCCACCAAAUCGGGAAGCAAUUCUUCUAAUAACUUAUUGAGAGCUACUACUACUCCAGAAGCGAGACAACGAAUGAUGGCAGCCGAUAAUUCACCUGGUGGUAUGAGCACAUUAUCCGUACAAAGUAGCACUACAAGUGUUAUUACGAGUCCAACCACGAACAGUAACGAGACGAGCGUGUUUGGAGUGAAUGCUUACAAGACAAGUGAUGAUUGGUACAUGUUUGAGACGACAUCAGUUCAAGAUUUACAAGGUUCGAAAGAUGACGAACAUGAAACAGGAAAUGUUAGAGAGAAAAUUUCUCGUAUUAAUUUGGAUUACAACUUGUUCAUCAUAUCUGGCAAAAAAGAUUCUGAAUUUAUUUUAUUGAGUGAGGAGGAUCAAAUCGAUUACACUGUCGUUUAUCUGAAUAGUGAUAAUAAGCUUAGCACGAUUAUGGAAAAACAUGUCUUGAUUACGUACAGAUAUAGAGAUUUAUCGUUGUGUACCAUUUGGAAAUUUGAAGAUACAUUUCAUUGGAGAUGUGAAUUGAACGAUUGUAUUAUUAAAAUUCGAACAGAGAUGAGACCAAUAUUGAGACAAAUUUCACGAAAAAUGGAUAGAACGAGCUAUACAAAUUUACUUCUCAUGAGAGAAGAAUCUGCUCCCUACAAACUUCAUGGAAACGUACGAUGUAAACGGCCAGCGACGACCAAUACCAUGAACAAUGCAAGUGGAAAUUCUAACAACCCAGAACAAGACUCUGCAUUUUGCCUCAUUUACGAUCAAUUCAAUAACAUGGUUACAUCUACCAACACGAGUAGCAAGACAUUCUUUGUAAAUGUGGCCAAAGCAAGAAACACAUUUUUGUCCUCAGAGCAUCAACAAGUAGAGUGGUGGAAUGAAGCUUCUCAAAAUCAUCAACAUUAUCACAAGCCAUCCAAACAAGUAUCAAAACUCUUUUUAAAGAACGACAGAGAUGGAUAUAUUUAUUCAAAACAAUUAUUUGGAGGUCAGGUUUAUUAUUACAAGCAACAACAGCAAGAUACAACCACACAACCUCCAACGAAAACAGCAGCAUACUUUUCUCUUUCCAAGCUUGAACAAUCUGUUCGAGAAUCUAUUAGGAGUGAGUUUAAGAUUAAUUUACUGUAA